AAACGGAGUCAGAGUAGCCCUCUAGACGGUAUACUUAGGUACAUCAGUUGCCUUUCAACAUUCGAUGUGAAAAGAUAGAUAGAUAGAUUUUUAUUGUUUUCAAGAGAUACUUUCGUGUGUAGACUGUAAUACGAAGUCCGAAGAUAUGAUCGGGAAAUCAUUACUUGGGUUUUUCAUAGUGAUUACUAUUGCGGUGCUUGUAAGAUUUGAUCACGUCAAUGGCCAAACCGUAUCACCGAAAUUGGAUUUCAAUGAUUCUAAGGAAGUUGAGUCUAAGAGUUCAACAAAAAGACCACCUCCGUCAUUUAACCAACAAGAUGAGAAUGAUGGAGGCGGAGGUGGUGGUGUUGGUGGUGGUGAUGGAGAAGGACGAGGAGGUUCGAAUGGAGGCAGUGGAAAAAGUGGACCAAAAAUUCAUGGAGUUCGUGUCACUGUGGAUACUGGCGAUAACCAGAAAGGCUCCAAGGAGUCCAAGGAAAGUGUUGAAAUUACCGAAAGUAAAAACAAAAAACGAGUUGGUAUUCACACUGAUAUUACAUUUGAAAUAACUGGAGAUAUUGAAGAUUCAAAUUCUACAAGUUCAAGCCAACGACAUGAUAAAGAAGAAAACGAUGCUAGUGUUCCAAUAUUUAAAGGAGGACGCAAAUCGACAACAACAACUCGACCGCGCAAACCCUACGAUCCACGCACCCAUUGGAGUCCAAAUUACUCAGCUGAACGUCGACGAUAUGGUAGCGGAGAUAGUUCGUUUCGUCCUUCAUCAUCACACUAUCCUCAUAAUAAUGUACCCGUUUAUCCAGCCAAUAAUGGAGAUGAUAUUUAUCGUGGAAUUGAUAGUUGGUCAAGUUUUAUACCCAUAACUAGUACUUGGACUACAGAACGUAGCUACUAUGAACCAUAUAAACCAUCAAAUGCUGUCGGUGGAUAUAGAGUUCCAAGUUGGAAGCCUUGUUAUUGUGCUUCGAGUUCAUCAUCGUCAUCAUCAUUAUCAGCUGAUAACCGGCGACGAAGAGAUAGCAUAGCACAUCCAACAAGUUCAAUAAUUCAAAUUGUUGAUAAAUUAGAUAGUCCUUUUUCUUCGAGUGGUAAAAAAUAAAUAAAAUGCGUAAUUAUAUUUUUGAA